AUGCUGGACCGCCGCAGCAGCCUCGGGACCGCCCGGCCAGGCCGCUUCCACGAGGUCCCCGGCGGCUUCCAGACGCGCUACCAACCCUCGCGCGACUACCUCCGCGCCUCCGUUUCGUCGCUCUCGCUGACCGAUGUCACCGCGUCGCGCAGCCACGACGCGACGCUGAGCCUCGAGCGACCAACGCGAUCCAAGGUCGUACCCAGCGGCGCGUGGCCGGCGCUAUGGCACAAGGUGUGCCACGUCUUGCGUCUGCCCGAGAAGCCCCAUCGGCGAACCACGUCAGCGUAA